UCCACCUCCAUUAUAUAUCCAUCCCACUGCACCCUCCCUAUAAAUAUUAGAGAUUUUAGCUAUACCAAAUUAAGAUUUCCUCAACCUUCACUUAGCUUAUUGUGUCCUCAAAAAACACACACACACACACAUAUAUAUAAUGGCUCCUGUUGCAAGUGAUGUUGCUGUUAAGGUUGGGCACAUCGAUGACGUCCAAGAACUGAGAAAGACUAAGCCAUCUUCUAUUCCUGAAAGAUUUGUGAGAGACAUGACAGAAAGAGCUUCUUCUGUCACUCCCUCCUCCUCUUCAUAUUACCUCAACAUUCCCGUAAUUGAUUUGCAAAACCUCUUCAAGGGAAACAACAACAAUAAUUCUCCCCACUUUCUUGCUCAGCUAUCCAACCUCUCUGUUGCCUGUCAACAAUGGGGCUUCUUUCAAGUAAUAAAUCAUGGGAUUGAGUUUGGGUUGCUUGAGAGGAUGGAGAAGUUGGCCAUGGAGUUCUUCAUGUUACCUUUGGAGGAGAAGAAGAAAUACCCAAUGGCUCCUGGAAGUGUGCAGGGAUAUGGGCAAGCUUUUGUGUUCUCAGAACACCAAAAGCUGGACUGGUGUAACAUGUUUGCUCUUGGAAUUCAACCUCAUUUCAUCAGGAACCCUAAACUAUGGCCAACAAAACCACCUCAUUUCAGUGAAACUUUGGAGGCAUAUUCAAGAGAAAUAAGGAAAUUGUGCGAGAAGUUGUUGAAGUACAUAGGCAAGAGUCUGGGAUUGAGUGAGGAUGUUUUUGAGAAAAUGUUUGGAGUGAGUGUCCAAGCUGUGAGGAUGAACUAUUAUCCACCAUGCCCUAGACCAGACUUGGUUUUAGGACUCAGCCCCCACUCUGAUGGCAGUGCCCUUACAGUGUUGCAACAGGGAAUGUGCACCACACUUGGCCUUCAAAUACUCAAAGAUAACACAUGGAUCCCUGUCCACCCUAUCCCAAAUGCCCUAGUCAUUAAUAUUGGUGACACUAUGGAGGUCCUAACAAAUGGAAGAUACAAGAGUGUGGAGCAUAGGGCAGUGACACACAAAGAAAAGGACAGGCUUUCCAUUGUCACAUUUUAUGCCCCAAGCUAUGAGAUAGAGUUAGGGCCAAUGGAGGAAUUGGUGAAUGAAGACAACCCUAUCAAGUACAGAAGAUACAAUCAUGGAGACUACAGCAAACACUAUGUAACCAACAAGCUUCAAGGCAAGAAAACCCUCGAAUUUGCCAAGAUCAAUUAUUAACUAAUAUAAUCACUCCAACAAUAUAAUCAUUAUAUUAUAUUGUUUUCUUAGCUUACUUAUUUCAUGGAGGAUAUAUGGACUCUUCAUUCCAAUAAGAAUAUAUACAAUGCCAGGCCAGACCGCGUUAUUUUACUCGAUCUCAAUCUACUUGGAAUUUAAUUUGUAAAACUUAAAUUAUAUUGCAAGUAGCUACAACAGUAUGUAGUAGCAGUAGGAAUGCAAUUUGGGUGUGAUAUAUAGCUAUCCUAGCUAGAUUUAGUGGUGAAAGAACUCUACUUUUGUAUGAUUAA